AUGACAGCUAUUGGAAACUAUCUACUAAAAAAGAGGUUAACCUGCUAUACGGAAGAGCAGAGUCUGUGGCAAUUCCCAGUUUGCAGACGUGUCACGUGGUUUACUGAGCUCUUCUCUCUCUUGCAGGUGACGGCGGAGGCCCGGUGUAAGCUGAUCAGCUGGCUGAUCCCUGUGCACCGGCACUUCGGCUUCUCCUUCGAGUCCCUGUGCCUGGCAGUGAAUACCCUGGACCGAUUCCUCACCACCACCCCAGUGGCUGCCGACUGCUUCCAGCUGCUGGGAGUCACUUCCCUCUUCAUCGCGUGCAAACAGGUGGAAGUGCAUCCGCCCAGAGUGAAGCAGCUCCUAGCCCUUUGCUGCGACGUCUUCUCCCGUCAGCAGCUCUGCAAUCUGGAAUGCAUCAUCCUAAACAAACUACACUUCAACCUGGGGGCACCGACCAUCAACUUCUUCUUGGAGCACUUCACCCACCUGCGUGUGGAGUCCUGCCAGGCAGAUACCAAGGAAGCAAACAAUGCCAAAGCUCUGGCCAAAGGGAUGGCCGAACUUAGCAUGGCCGACUAUGCUUUUAACAAAUAUCCCCCCUCCCUUCUGGCCAUUUGCUCCCUGGGACUGGCAGACCAGAUGUUGCACCACCAAAAUCCACUGGACUUGCAUAUAAGUGGCUACCCGGAGGAGGUUUUACAGGACUGCACGGACAAACUGCAUUUACUGGUGUCUUUAAACGGAGAUUCUUUACCGCAUGUACUACCCCCUGGAUAUUUCUGAAAAGUGCCUGCAGCUGGGAAGUUAAGCUAACUGGACCAAUGCACUUGAAACCCUCUUAUGGCAUCCAAAGCAUCUGUGAAUUUUAAGAGCAAUUUGGUUCCUUUUCAUCAAUGCAUUGUAUUUUUAAAACUAAUAAUUGCUAUACCUCUAAAGAUAACAGUAUUGGCCUUAUUCUCUUACUUAAUUGACUAAUCAAUGUAUUAUAUUUGUAUUUAUUUGAACUCUACAAUGUUGGUUUAGAGUUUUGAUAGAUGACAAAAAUUAAAUCACAUUUUGCACAUUUAAUUACUGUAUGUUAGUUGCACUGACAGAUUUUAUAUAUCUACAUUCAAUGUGUAAAUAGUGUAUAUAAUCCAAGUACUGUACAGUUUAUUUAUUUAGAAAAUGGUUCACUAAGCACACUAAGUUCACUAACAGAAGCCACAGGAAGAAUAAAAGAACGGUAUAAGCAUUUCUUAAUAAACUUUUUGUCACUGAUCAAUGAUGGUCUGUUUCCUUGCAAUUUUGUACAUAUUCCACAGAGGAAAUUCAUUGCUAAAGAAUUAACAACAAUGACAGGUCUUAAAAAAUACCAACCAAUAGAAAAUAAUCGUGCAUUAUUGUAUUAUUUUCCAUUAAA